AUGGAGACUCAGAAUCAGGAAGUCGCGUUUCACCAUGGCGUGCUGCGUGCUGCGUCUAUCUCAUCGACUUUGGGUGCACUGACGACUCUGAUUGCCAUCUUUGUCUUGUAUCGCGUGGUUCAAACAAGAUUCUUCCAUCCAUUGAGCACCUUUCCUGGCCCUUUCAUCAAUAGUAUCAGUCCAAUUCCAGCAGCUUAUCUGGUCUACAAGGGAACUCAACCUCGAGAGUUUAAGAAGCUGCACGAGAAGUAUGGUUCUGUCGUUCGUACAGGACCAAAUGAACUCAGCUUCAUUGGAGCAGACGCUUGGGAAGACAUCUACGGUGUCCAGAAAGUCGGAGCAAACUUCCAGAAGGACCCAACCUGGCUUGCUGUCGUGUCGCCAAAAGACGGUCAAACAGGCGUCAGCAUGGCUCCUCCAGAGACCCACACGCGACAACGCAAUGCUCUAGGAGCAACCUUCACCAACGAAGCAUUGCUUACUCAAGAGGGCCAUCUUCGAAUCCAUGUCUUGAAGUUCAUGGACAAACUUGGACAGUGUGCGAGAGACGAUGAAGCUAUUGAUUUCUCUCAUUGGUUUACCUACCUGGCUUUUGAUAUCAUCGGUGAAGUCGUCUUCUCCGAACCCUUCGGCUGUCUGGAUGAAGGUGAAGCCACCCAAUGGGCCCAAGCAAUCAACGACAUCUUCAAGUCCGGAGCCUGGGAACAGGCAUUUGGCCAAGUCGCCGGCGUCGGCACACCCUUGCACAAACUCAUGGUCAAAAUGCUAAUCCCAGCGGCUCCCAAACUGUGGCGUCAGAAGCAUCUCACAGGUGCGACGGACAAGACCUUACGACGUCUCGCAGACAGCAACCGCACCCAUCCUGACAUGAUCGGCCAUAUCCUCCGCAACAACGAGACCAAGAAAGCCCGUCUGUCUCAAACAGAACUUGUGCUCAAUAUGGUUCAGUUCAUCAGUGCGGGCAGCGAGACAACUGCAAGUCUACUCACCGGCUGGAUCUACUUCCUCCUCUCCAACCCUGCUGUCUAUAAACGUGUUGUCAAAGAAGUACGCAAUGCUUUCUCCUCAGCCGAAGACAUCACUUGGGCCAAUGUGGGCAAACUCACUUAUCUCGAAGCUACCGUGAAUGAAGCGCUUCGUUUGGUCUCUCCUGCACCAUGCAACCAACACCGCGUUGUACCUCCCAGCGGUGAGGGCAAUGUAAUUGACGGCCACUUUGUUCCCCCUGGCGUCACUGUCGCAGUAGCUCCCUGGGUAGCCGAGCGCCACCCGCAGAACUUUACCGACCCUGAGAAAUUCGAGCCGGAGAGAUGGCUGGGUGCGGAAAGAUACAAGAAUGACAAGUCGCAUGCCUCGCAGCCUUUUGGUCUGGGUGUUAGGGCUUGUGUGGGUAAGAAUUUGUCGUACUUUGAGGCUAGACUGCUGAUGGGCAAUUUGCUGUGGAGGUUUGAUCUUGCGUUUGAUGAGAGUGAAGUUGCUAGGGAGGCGCGUGCGAAGUGGGAUGAGGUUGAUAUGUUGGUGUGGCAUGUUUGGGUCAAGCCUCCAAUGCUUGUCAAGAUGACCGAGGUGAAGCGCUAG